AUGGACGACGCGGACAGUGGUGUCAGCUUGCUAGUCAACAGAGGGUGGGUUCCCGCUGACGUGGCUCAGGACCCCGCUCGCAAGGGGGAGUGGCAGCCCGCGGGCGUCGUCGAGGUGGAGGGGCUCGUGCGCGGCAGCGAGGACCCGGGGCGUUCCGGGGUCGCCAACGACGUGGGAGCGCAGCAGUGGCACUAUAUUGAUGUGCCGUUGCUGGCGCAGGCGAUGGGGCUGCACGAGUCGACGCCGAUGGUGGAGGUGGUGCGGGAGGGCGGGUACGUGGAGGAGCGGCCGAACACCGGCAUGGGGGCGUUGAAGGGUCGGACGGGGCGGGACGCCGGGGGGGAGCGAGGCGACAUGUCGCUGCCCGUCGUGCGCGCGCCGGAGGCAUUCGAGAGCCACGCGGUGAUGCCAGUCGACCAUUUGGGAUACGCGUUCACUUGGUUCGGCUUGUCUGUUUCGGCGAUCGGCAUGGCUGCGGUGCACCGGUACGCGCGUAGCCGUCGCAGCCGGCUCAAGGGCGGCCCGAUGGGCCUCGGGAAACGGCCCACGUUCCGCGUGUGA